UCCUGUUAAAAAGCCUCGAUUUAGAGAAAACUAUUGAUAAUGGAAGGUGCAAAUGAUGAAUUUUCUGAUGAAGCGUCUACAAAGAAAAGGGGGCCGCGGACUUCCCAAGAUCAACGUGAAAUAUUUGUUACUUUUGCAGAGCAAAAUCCCCAGGUUGUGGACAACAUGCACCCGCGGUACCAAAAUCUGUGGGUUGAGGUAACAAGCCUCUUGAAUGAAUGUUGUUCUGGGCCAUCCAGAUCAUCGGAAGAUUGGCAAAUAAACUUCCGGAACUGGCAUUAUAAUUUGUCCAGUAAGAGAAGAACCCUUUACAAUGACUCCAAUGAAACUGGAGGAGGCCCAUCUAAAGGAAAAAUGUCACGCUUCGAAGAACGAGCCAUCAAAAUCUGGACAAAAGCUUCAGUUACCGGAAAUCCAGUGCCACUAAGUGGAUUGGAUGACUCAAUGGAUAAUAUGGGCGAUUCAUCGUCAGGAGUUGAAGAGUCAUCUUGUUCUUCUUCAGAAACUUUGGCCAGAGAUUCUUCUGGACUACGCGGUAACAAAAGAGCUAAAAAAACAGACACUCGCGACGACGAAAUAACUAAAAUUCUUAGAUUGAUGGAAAAAAAGCAGGAGACAGACGAGGAAAAUUCAAGAAAUCUACAAAAUUUUGUGGCAAAUAUUGGGACGUUGGCAAAUGCGAUGAAAACUCUCGCCGAAAACAUUACAAAGAAAUAA